AUGGACAUUCUUAAAAUAAUCUUCAUUCUUCUCACAACCUUUUCCACUAUCCACUGUAAUAAUAAUAAUAAUCAGGAUUUUGUUUGCCCUAAUUCAUUCUGCGGAGACUUGUCCGUGGACUACCCGUUCAAACUACUAACAACACAACCGCAAAACAACUGCACCUAUAUUCAUCUAACUUGCAAUAACAAUACAGACAAUGGACCAACCUUUGUAGCAAGUCUUCCAUUUGCUGGAGAUUUUUACGUAAGUGCCCUUAAUUAUAUUGAUUCUUACAUCGAACUCCAUGAUCCCGAAAAUUGCCUUAUGGGGCGGCUCAUGAAGAAUUUCAACCUCGCAUUGUCUCCUUUCAAGGCAUUUUUUCACGAGAACUACACAUUUUAUGAGUGCCCUUCAGAAUCAAAUGUAUUAUACGACUUUGUUUUACCAAUUGAGUGUCUUAGUAACCCCGCAUUUGCCACAGUAGCUACGGCUCGUUUAACAUCGCAUUUCAUGUUAGGACAUAGUUGCCAGGUCAUCGGCAGUUGGCUGCUCCCAGUUAAAGCCCUAGGUCAGUUUGAAUCUGUUGGGAUUAAUAGUGAUCUUUAUUUGACUUGGAACUCCACUACCUGCAUUGACUGUAAAGAAGAUCAACAAACAGAUAAUUCAGUAUGUGCAUUGUACAUCAGAAAAAUAAUGGCUUGGAGAAACGUGGCAGUUUCUGACUCCACCACAAUCAACGAACUGCCGGAAUCUGCUACAGCCACCAUAGCAACACCACCACGGCCCGCUGGCGACGGAGGACCGAAUGAGCCUAAAAUCAAUUCUUGCACAGAAUUGAACAUUGUAAAUGCACCGAUCACAUAUCGUUGA